AGAGGAAGAAGUUGCCAAACAAACAUGACGGAGGAAGACGGAGUUGCAAGUCACGGUGCUAGUGGGUCAGCUAAUAAUUGUGACGAUCCAGAGAUUACUGUGACACCGAAAUCACCUGAAGAUGAAAGCACGGAGGGUCCUGCAUCCCAGUAUGCUCAGGACCUCAAAAGCGUCCUGGUCACUAGCGUUUUAAACCUAGAAAAGCUCGACAUAGACCUGUACAGAGGGACGCACCACUGGGUGCCCCGCAGUCAGCGUUUGUUUGGGGGUCAGAUAGUCGGUCAGGCCCUUGUAGCUGCUGCCAAAUCUGUCAGCGAUAAUCUCUAUGCACAUUCUCUCCACUGCUACUUUGUACGAGCAGGGGAUCCUAAGGUCCCGGUGCUGUACCAGGUGGAACGCACAAGAGAUGGUCGCAGUUUUACAGUCCGUUCUGUGAAGGCCAUCCAGCAUGGGCAGCCUAUACUUAUCUGCCAAGCGUCCUUCCACAAGCAACAGGAGAGCCCGCUGCAGCACCAGUUCACCAUGCCGGUGGUCCCUCAGCCUGAAGACCUGCUCACUGUAGAGGAACUUAUCCACCUUUAUCUCAGUAAACCAAACCUAGCAGAAAAUCUAAAGCAAGGCCUCAACAAGCUGCUGGCUAAUGAGGUCCCCAUUGAGAUAAAGCCAGUCAACCCACCUCGCUUUUACAGACUUGCUGCAACUGAGCCAAAGCAGCUGUUCUGGGUGCGAGCACGAGGAUAUAUUGGUGAAGGCAACAUGAAGCUGCAUUGCUGUGUCGCUGCUUAUGUGUCCGACUACGCAUUCCUGGGGACAGCGCUGCUACCUUUUCCCAACUACAGGGCCAAGUUCUCGGCCUCCCUUGACCACGCCAUGUGGUUCCACAGUACUUUCCGCAGUGAUGAGUGGAUGUUGUAUGAGUGCGAGAGCCCGUGGGCAGGGGGGAGCAGAGGACUGGUUCAAGGACGACUGUGGAGAAAAGAUGGGGUGUUGGCUGCCUCCUGUUCUCAGGAGGGUGUCCUCAGAGUGAAACCUGUCACAGCAGCCAGCAAACUAUAAGCACAUUCCUGAGAUUUUUUUCUGUUUUAUUUUAUUUAUUUGUAGUUCUAACCAUACAUUAAAUCAUAUUUGUUUUCAGUCAUAAAUUUGCUAAUAGAAUAAAAAAUGAAUUACUCUUUGAUUAUAAGGUGCAAAAAAAUACAUUUUAUUUCCAGUCAAUAAAGAAUGAAGUGCU